UCAAACAACAAAGCGGAUGAGCGACUCGGCUCAAUCGAAGCAGCAGCUGCCUGUUGCAACUCCGGUGAACGACCAAGACGACUCGGAUGAAGAUGACGAUGAUUACGAUCCAUCUGCUCCGGAGCGUGGUGCUGACAAGGGAGGCUCUGGCUCUGGCUCUGGCUCGGAUGACUCGGAUGGUGAUUCAGGCGACGACGACGACGACGACGACGACGACGACGACGACGAUGGGGAAGAUAAAAGCAAGAACAGGAACAAGAAGGCAAAGAGCAAGAAGACGCGGGCGAACAAGGCUGCCAAGGGUGAAAAGCAUCACGAUGACCAUGGUGAUGACGAUGAGGAUGGCAAAGUCGGACGCCGGGUGACGCGGAGCGGCCUGGGGAACGACUCGAGCCAUCUGCUGCAGAGGUCGAGCUCAGCGAGCGCCGCGCUCCCAGCCGCCAGCGCAGAUAUCGACGACCUGUGGUCUUCAUUCAAGACAGACACGGCAUUGCCAGGAAAACACGCGGCGACGGCUCAGGCGAGCUCCAAACCCGUCCAAUCCGCUGCCUCCCCGUUUGGCGGUGGCAUGGCGGCUCUCCUCCAGCGAACAAGCACGGCUGGUGUCUCAAGCAUAGGUAGCAGUGGAUCGAGUUCGUCCCCUGCGUCACCACUCGUCAACUCAAGCAUCGCGGCUCUGUUGGCCACCGGAAAGGCCUCGACGCCGAGCGCUGCAACGGGUUCAACUUCAACCACCGUGUAUAAUUUUGCAGGCACGGACGUUGUGGUUCAAUCGAACAAACCCACAACUGCUGCUGCCGCUGCUGCUGCGCCCAUUCAACGAAAGCGAACAGAAGUUGACGCUGCAUUUGAUGACAUUUUGGGCAGCGCUUCCAAAAAGCCGCGCAUGAGUGCCCUGACCAAAACGUCGCUAGAUUGGAAGAACUUUAAGGAUGAAGAGGACUUGGAAGAGGAGCUUCGAAACCACAACAAGGAUGGCUUCUUGGAACGUCAGGCAUUUUUGCAACGGAGUGAAUUACGAGAAUGGGAGCGCGAUCGCGAAAUCCGCAUGAAGCGACGAUAA